AUGGGAGCCCGCGGAGUGCUCACUCUGCUGUUCUGCAUGUUGUACGGGACAGGGCUGAUUGGCGAACAGGUAAGCGGGGUGUUCGCAAGGGAGAAGGCGAAGUUGUUGAAGAUAGGCAGAUCGGAAAGGGGGCUCCAUUCUCCAUUACGUAUUGGAAGAACGAAAGAAGGAUUCAUCAAAUGUAUUGUUGGAGGAAAGGAGAGAAAGAAUAUCCACGAGAUGGUGAACUUCACCCGAGGGAAGGCGCUUUCCUCCUCCUCCUGCAUAUGGGCCAACAAUCAUGGGGGGUUCACUCCAAGGGGGGUCCAAAACAGAAGUGAGAUGAACAUCACAGGUAGAGUGUAUCGAAAUAAUGGGAUGAGUUUGAUGCGUCAAAUGAGGGGACAUAGAUCUGCUUUUUUCAGAUUGGGAGCCAAAAUGCCAGUAAUCACGGUGAAUAGGAAGCUCUUCCCGAGGGAGUACAGCACAGAUUACGAAGAUAUCUUACGCAAGUUCAACGUAACCUACAUCAAUUACAAGACCAGGUUGAGAAGUAAAAAAGAAAUAGAUAUACGGGCCAUCGAUGACUUGUAUGGGCAAAUAUAUGACAGCAAUGUGUUGAAGAAACAGUUCUACUUUUUCCUUUAUCACGAUGACAUAAAUACAUGUCACAGAAUUUUAAACGAAAAUAGAAACGUCUUAACGAGGGAGGAGUCAUUUCAAAUGCUAAACAGCUUGCCCUAUAUCUUUUUCAAUCAUCUACAUUAUGUCUACCCCACGGAGGAUAAUGUGGACCUCGUGCUCUCCAAGCUGUUGAAGACUUACCUAUUCCAGUAUUCUAAUGACAAGAAUAUCGAUUUUUUGAACUUCAAAUAUAAGUAUAACGAGUUGGAUGAAUACUGCCAGGGGUUGGAGCGGGAGUUCCUCGCGGGGGAGGUUAGCGGCGCGGAAGACACCCCCAUGGCAGAUGGCAGAAGGGAAUCCACCCACAUGGCAGAUGGCAGCGCGGAAGACACCCCCAUGGCAGAUGGCAGAAGGGAAUCCACCCACAUGGCAGAUGGCAGCGCGGAAUCCACCCACAUGGCAGAUGGCAGCGCGGAAUCCACCCACAUGGCAGAUGGCAGCAGGGAGAAAUCCACCCCGAGUGACGCCAAGGGGUCGGCCAUCUACGACGACGGGCAGGACACCAACUACGAGCGCAAGUACAGACACAUGUCCUACGACUACAAAAUCAUCGAGUCUACGAGCAAGUACAAAGAGCUCAUGGAGAGGUUCAGAAAGUACCCAAAAAGCAUCAAGCUGCAGAAGGUACAACAGCUGUACACGAAAAUAAUUAGCAUGAAGGCGAAUAAACUGUUUGAGGCAUUUAGGAAGCACGAAAGUGUGAAAAGGAACGAAGACAGGAAAAUCUACAGAAAUGCAAAAAUGAGAUUAGACACAGAAAAGCUAACCCCUUAUCUAAAUGAACCGAUCAAGUAUGACCCCAAGGAAAAACAAAGAGUGAACGAGUUGUUUCAUAAGUAUGUAAAGGAAAAGAACCUGACCAAAGCUGCUCUUAUCAUAAGGAAAUAUACCAAUUUGAUUGAUACUAAGGAAAAGAAGAGCCAACAAAUAAUGAAAGAAUUUCUACGUCUACAUGAGUAUAUAUAUAAAUGCAAUAAGUAUAGCGUAGAAGAACUGGCUCACUUGAGGAUGAUUUAUUAUUCAACUGUACAGAAGCCGAGAGUUAUUCGAAAAAUAUGUGAAGUAGGCAUGUGGGAACAGGGAGAAAACGCUACUCAUAAGGAGGUAUACGAAAGGCAAUUAAAUGAGUAUUUGCAAAAGAGGGAGGCUCUACGUGAUGAAAGAAUGAAGAAAAAAAAUAUCGAUAUGGAUCAAAUACGAGACUUCAGUUCGGCAUAUCCCAUGGAAUGGCUACCUGUUCUCUACAAAGAUAUGUUUGAACAGAUCGAACGGGAAAAGAAUUUAAAAAAUUUCGAGAGGAAAGGUGUCCUUAGCAGGAAGAGUGAUUCCAUCAGGAGGAUGUUUUCCCCAGGGGGGGCCGAUAGGGCUACUGGCGACGCCUCUCCGGGGAUGGCAUCUCAGGACCAGCACAGAGGCAAGGACUUCACGCAGGACCAGUACAGAAGUAAGGACUUCACGCAGGACCAGCACAGAGGUAAAGAUCCCACCCAUGACCAGCACAGAAGCAAAGACCUCACUCAUGACCAGCACAGAAGCAAGGACCUCACUCAUGACCUUCUGAAUGUGAAGAACGAACUCAAGUUUGGCCGCAACGUCCUGAAUUACAAGAAGAAAAUUUUGGGCAAGAACAAGCGCAAGCGGGCGGAGGCCUCCAAAGGGGGCGCCCCCGGAGGAGGAGGAGGGAAGUCUGCCAAGGGGAGCGGGGACUCCACCGAGAAGGAUUCGUAA